CCACACGCCUCUCUUAGCUCCCCUCCCUAAGCCAUCUUGUCUUCUAUAUAUAUACAUAUAUUAUCUCUAUAUUUAGCUCGAAUAAAUUCCUGAUUCUGCGAGAAUGAUGAUGUUGUCGAGUUGCUGUUCACAGUCGGGAAACGACGGCCACAACUCUUUCACGUGCGCCGGCGAGUCAGCGCCGGCCGCCGUAUCUGUCGGCGGCGACGUAGGAGGAGGAGAGAUCAUGCUGUUUGGCGUGAGGAUGAAGGUAGACCCUAUUAGGAAGAGCGUGAGUUUGAAUAAUCUGUCUCAGUAUGAGCAGCCUAAUUCUAAUGAUAAUAAUAAUAGCAACAGCGGAAAUAACAAUGACUCUUCUAAAGUUGCCGCCGACGAGGGUUAUGCCUCUGCCGACGACGCUGCUCCUCACCACUCCGGCAGUGGCCGUGAGCGUAAGCGAGGAGUUCCAUGGACGGAGGAAGAGCACAAGCUAUUCCUUUUGGGAUUGCAGAAAGUGGGAAAAGGAGACUGGAGAGGAAUCUCUAGAAACUUCGUCAAAACUCGCACACCGACACAGGUUGCAAGUCAUGCUCAGAAAUACUUCCUCCGGCGAACUAACCUCAAUCGCCGGCGCCGCCGUUCUAGCCUCUUCGAUAUUACUACCGACUCGGUAUCUGUACUACCGACAGAAGAAACUCAAAACCGGCAACAACACUCCAUUCCAUCAUUGCCUCGUGUAGAAUCAUCCAAAAUCAAUGCAUUUCAGGUGACAUCUAUGCCAGUAAAUUUUGGGCCAGCACAAAUUGAGAAGCCAAUCCUUAGGCAAGGAAGUGAAAGUUAUUAUAAUGGAUCAUCAUCGAUAUUCCUCCGGCCGGCUCCUGUUGUUGUUCCAAUCUCUAAUUCAUCAAGAAUAGCAGACUUUAACUUGAAUCAAAGCUCAGCAAUGGAGACAUCUUCGUUAUCGUUGACAUUGUCCUUGUCAUCACCAUCAUCAUCUUCUACUAGGCACUCAGGAUUCCAAGUGAUGUCUAGUUUUAAUAAUGGAGAGAGCAUCAUCAGUGUGGCGUGACAUACCAGAAUCUCUAUUAUUAAAUUAAAAUAACAGUAGUAGCUAAAGCAUAGAAAAGGCAAAUGGGAGUUGUAUUAUUAGUGGAGUAGUAAUAUGUAUGGUCCUUUUGUUUUGUACAGACCAGAAAUAUGUGGCUUACUGUACCUGUUUUAUGCCUGCCUUUACAAAUAUUAUGUUAGUGUCUUGUUUAUUUGUAUUGUAGUUGGAGAUAAAAAUUAUCAAUGGACUUUCUGCUU